ACCUCUUUCCCAGAAACGACUCACUCACUCCAAAACAACAUUUUCCACAGAGCAGAGGAGGAAAGCUAGCAGAGCUGAAACAGAGACUUUAGACCCAGGAACUGUCUGUCAUCGUGUCCUGUAACAGAAAGGUAACUCACACAAAGAUUUUAGAGCCUCUGCUGGAAGAUAAACUGAUUUUAAAUGGAGAAUAAGGUGAAUUUGAUGAUGAGUAACAUGACGAGUAACGUCAGCUAACCCAGUCUGAACGUCAGUGUCAGAGGAGGAGACAGAAAAUGUGAAAUUAUGUCCUUAAAAUCAGACAGAAACGACCUUAAUCAGGAUAAAGAUGUUUGUUUAGUUCGUUACAUGUUUAGUUUAUUCAUUGAGGUAAAAUUAAAACAUCAGAGUGAGUGUUUAAUAGAUUUAAUCUGUGAGUAUCUUUUAGAUAAAUAUAAAUCUUUAGUUUGUAGUUAAAGGUGUUUGACUUUUAGGUAAAGUUUUAUCAGUUCAGUUUAAACCCUUUAAGGAUGAAUAAGGAGAGUUUCUUUGUUCACAUGUUUUAGCAGGUUUUGGUUUCAGUUUUAAUGAAAAGUCAGUGUUUUAUCUCUACAACUUCAGGACAGACUGAUUCCUCUUUAUGUAAAAACCUGUUCAUUUUUUUACAAAGUUCAUUGUGGUUUUAUGUUGUCUGUGUCGCUCUUGUUGUUGUUGUCUGUAAUAUAAGCUGGUGGGACCAUGAAAAUGUUAAACAGAAGAGGCCCCAGGAUGGAGCCCUGAGGAACUCCGCCCUAAAGCUGCUCAAUUAUGGCAGAAAUCCUAAUCAGAGUUAGAGCCAAAAUAUAUUUGUUUAGGAUAUGAUUCCUGUAGGUACGUCACUUACAGGGAUCGUCAAACACUUCAGCAGCUGAAAACCUCUUUAAACUGAAAAACACUUCAUUCAUGAUUAAAAAAUCUAGACGUGCUUUUACAGGGACACAUUUUUCUGACAUCUCAUGACCUUUUGGCCUCUUUGGUCCCGUUUAACACGGAAGUGACUAACAGGAAAGUCCACCGAGCCAGGGGAUCCCUCACAUUACUUUCACUUUCUCUUCUCUCUCUUCUCGUCUCUCUCUUCUCGUCUCCUCUCCGUCUCCUCUCCUCCUGUUUUCCCUCAGAGACGAUGGCAGAGCAGAACACGGAGGCGAAGCUGAAGACCCAUCUGAAGCAGGAGAAGAUCCAGCUGUGGAACCUGCCGUACACCGACGAGGACAACCAGCCGGGGAUGGAGCACAUGCAGGUCAGCAGGGGGAGGACUGUGGAGGUUUACAGCAUCGGAAACACCCGAAAACACUGAGAACUAACCAGCUGACUCAGAGAUGUUAGAGAGGAAAAGUCCAGAUGAGUCAAAACCAUAUUUUACAUGUGAAAUCUGAAUUUUUACUCCACUUGCUCAGUUCCUACAGCUUAGCGUUUUUUCAGAGCUGCAUGAAAAUACUUCAAAUAAAAUCAGAAAUCUUCCACUCAGAACCAAAAUUUGUCGUCUGUAUUUUAACAUUUGUCUGAUUUUUGUCUUGUAUUUCUGUUUUUCUCAGGAGCUGGCGGAGCGUUACGCCCCUCUGCUGGGCCUGUCGGUGCAGGAGGUAGGGGGCGCUCUGGAGGCGAUCAGAGUGCAGGCGGUGAGGAGAGGGAAAGGAAACAAGACGUUCAGGGAGACGAACGUGGCCAUGCUGGAGCUGCUGCUGCCCAGAGACAGCAAGAAGGUGGAAACACGCCGACACACUCAACUUUAUCUAAAUUAAUAUGUUUUUACAGUCCUCAAAAAAAAGAACUUUUAAUGAUCCUUUUGAAUAAAUCGAUCUAAAACAUGAAACAGGCUGAAAUAAUCACGAGGACAUGAUGAGGCGACUCAGACCUGUUUGUUUGUUUUCAGGAUCCAAAGACUAAGACUCACCUGGAGACCAGGCUGGAUGUUCAGGCUCAGGAGGUGGUGGACAGGUACACACACUCUCUCUCACACACACACACACACAGACAGACACACACACACUCUGGUUUGUGUGUGUCGAACAGCUGAGCUGAUGUUUGUGUCCCUGUAGGAUUGCAGAGGAGUUUGGACUGAAACACAUCAAACUGAUCCUGAACGGGAAAACUCUGAGUGUAGGUGAGUCCAGACCUGCUGCAGGUCCCAACAGAUCCACCAAUGACCAUAAAAACAGGUUUGGUUCUGGACAGUUUGGGACAGGAAACCCAGAUCCUGCUUAAGCAGACUGCCCCCUGGUGACUCAGACAGGAAGUGUUUAAUGUUAACAGUUAAAACACUCAGAUCUAAAGAGAGCAGGAACUUUCUUCUGUGAGGUCCAUGCAGAAGAAAACAGAAGAGGGUAUAAAACGAUGGUUUGACGGUGAGUUUGUCUGUUUGUGUUUUCGUUCUGUCAGACCAACAUCUGGACCAGCAGGGGGUGAAGAACCACAGUAAGGUGAUGGUGCUGAAGGUGAGCGACGCCGAGUUGAGGCAACAGGCAAGCGAGGAGGACGAGAAGAGGAGGAACCAGAACGAGAGUCUCCAGAGGACCCAGAAAGGCUUCCAGAUCCUGUCAGAGAGAGGUACCGCCUGUCUGUCUGUUCUCUGUCUGUCUGUCUGUCUUUGUGUGUCUGUUGUUACAGUGUAGCCUCUCUUUGGUUUUGUCCCCCAGACGGCAGUGAAGACACCAUACCGUUCCUGGACAUCGCUGACCAGAAAGGAAACCCUCUGAAGAUCCCUCACGCAGAGAAGAAGGUGAAGUUCACACCAACUCAGAGACAUGUUUACGUGACUUUAAAACUCCUCUGAGGAACUUCAGGAUGAAAAUCUGUUUGAUUCCAGUCCUCUGUCCGCACUGAGUCCUCGUCUUUGUGGUUCUCAGGCUCUGAUCCUGGCCAUGGGUGUCCAUGAGAAAGGUCGCUCUCUGAUGAAGAAGAAGCAGUUUGAAAACGCUCUGUGUCACCUGCUGCAGGCCGACCAACAGUUCAGGUACAAACCUCAGCUCACGGCAGAGAGGCCGUUAGACCGGCUCUGAGACAGGACUGUUUACUAUUAACCUCUGUAGACCGGGGGUCAGCUUGACCACCUCGUUUAGAUCCAUUUUAACAAACUCUGACUCAAAGCACUAACAGCGGUGUGAACGCUCUGUUUGGAAAAUGUCAGCAUGUGUUUUGUCGUCAGAGAGCCGGGUCGGUUUUAGUUUAACUCAUACAAAAGCACUUCAAAAACUCUGAACUAUUCCUUUGUGUGUGUGGACAGUAAGUGCGGCUCGGCCCUGCUCUCCUCGGUGGAUAACUUCGCCGUCCUGCAGCUAGACAUCGUGUGGUGUUAUCGCGCUCUGGAGGCGCUCUCCUGUCUGGACGACGGGAAGAGUCGGCUGCAGAGAGCCGAGGACUGUUUCCUGCAGUGUUACGGAGAGCAGCAGCAGAGACUGCUCAUGAUCAAGGUGAGGGGAACACACACACAUGAGGGACUCCUCAGCCCAGAUGUUUGACAGGAAAACCUGCAGGUGAGGGUUCGACUGUGGGGCGUUCAGGGAACACCUUUAAUGGUUUUAUGCUGUGUGUGUUUGUGUUGCCAGGGUAACACAGGCAGAGAGGAGGUGUUGUUCCUGCGGUUGUACCUGCUGCAGAGUCUCCUGUCGUACAUCGAGGGGAACGACGCUCAGGCCCGACAUCAGCUCUCCAAAGUAAAACACCUGAACCUGCUGCUGCUGCCGUUAAAAUCCACCAUAUUCAUCUACAGGUGACAUCAGAAUAUUAAAACUGUGUGUGUGUGUGUGUGUGUGUGUGUGUGUGUGUGUGUGUGUGUGUGUGUGUGUGACAGGUGGAGUCUCUCUACAGCCGUCUGUGUCCCGACUCGGAGAAGAUGGCUCAGCUGAUGGCGUUGGGUUUCAGCGAGAGAGAAGCUCGACUCGGCCUCAGAGCGUGUCAGGGCGACCUGCAGGAGGCCGCCAUCCACAUCAGCAACCAAAGACAGGUGAUUCACACACACACACACACACACACACACACACACACACACACACACACACACACACACACAUUGUAUUGUUAGUUAUGAAGGAACUCAAACUAUAGAUGCAAAAGAGUGAGCGCUCCAUGCCUGUGUGUGUGUGUGUGUGUGUGUGUGCGUGUGUUGAUCAGGAGCGGGAGGAGCUGAAGCAGAGAGAGAGGCAGAAGAAGAGUAAGAGGAUGGAGGACAUCUCCACCCUCACUGAGCUCGGGUUCUCCAGGAGAGACGCAGGUCGAGCUCUGCACCACGCCGAUGGAGACGUGAACCGAGCCUACACCGUCAGUACCUGUCUGUCCUCCUGUCUGUCCUCCUGUCUCUCUCUAUCUCUCUCUCUCUCUGAUCAUUUCAUCUUCCUUUUCUUCUCCUCAGAUCCUCCAAGCUGCUCAGUUGACCAAUAACAACACAGAGGGCGUGGUCAGUCCAGAGAGGGUGGAGCAGGUAAGAGCUCCAGGUGUUCAUGUUUACACUGACCUGACAGAAGUAUUGAUGAAUACAUUUGAUUUAUUUGAUUUGAUCGUACUUCAUUGAUGGUGAUGAACCUUUUUUUUUCCUGGUAUCACAAAGUUAACUACGUCUUGUAAUCCGUUCAUUUAUGGAGCUGUUACCUGAUUGGCUGUUCUAGCAGGUGCAGCGUUAAUUUGUUAAUGGCCUUGUUGAUGGCUCCGCCCCCUUUGUGUCCCUGCAGCUGAUGUACCUGGGGUUUGACAGAACGGCGUCAGAGGCGGCUCUCAGACUGAUGGGCGGAGACGUCCAAUCAGCCACUCAGCUCCUGCUGGACAACCAGGGCGUCCUCCCCCCAGAGCUCCUCUCUGUGACCCCGCCCACCUCCUCCUCUUCCUCCUCUCCUUCCUCCGAGGAGCCCAGCACCUCCUCCAACUCCUCAGGUACCACACACCUGACUCUGGGGGACAUGUAACUGGUUGAAAAGUGUGAGACGGUCGUAACUCCUGUUUUUGCUCCUCAGCUGACAGAGAGCUGGUGAACGAGGUGUUGGAGGACAUCUCUCGCCAUGAGGAGGAUUACCUGGACCUGACACUGGAGGAGGAGAGCGAGCUCAUCACCACCAUGAAGGCCUACCUGAGCCGAGGACCCGCACACACUGUGUAACUCACCGAGUGCUUUACUCCCCCCUCUGUUCGGCGUUUAAAGCCGUCAAAGUUGGUUUCUGAGGUUUCUUCAGACGUUGAGUUAGAAGAGUUUGGAGUUGAACGCUCUGACUCCUCCAAUAAUAAUGAAUCCCUUUCUUCAGCAAUAAAUGAACUGAGCUCAGCUUUGAGUUUGUUAACGGUUGUUCAGUUUCCUGAGAAAAAGCAGCUCAGUGUCAUCAGGUGAAAACUGAAAGAAUAUCUUCCUGUGUUUACGUCCUGCAGGCUGAAGUUUCUGUUCCAUUGAGUUCAUAUGAAGCUUGAAUCAGCUGUUUAACAGCACUUUAUCUGUCUGCAGGUUGUUUAAUUUUGACCUUCUUUUCUAAUUGAAUCAUUAGUUGUUUUGGCGACACCUUCAGAUGUUUUAUUUUUUUGUAUAAACCAAAAGAACCUGUUUGAUUUGGGUUUAAAAAGGCUUUUCAUUGUUGUUCUAACAGCAGGAAGUCCAGUUUUGUGUUGGUGCCACAGGCAGCAGUUUGUCAACUAAAGUUUAAGUUUUUGUUAUUUAAAUCCACUUCAUGUUAAAGUUGAUUGUCUCAUGAUGGAGCCAAUAAAAAAUGAAGGUUUAUAAA